AGAGCCCCGCGCCUGCCUCACCGGAGCCGAACCAACCCACUCACCAGCCGACAAAACGCCAGCCGGGAUGCUGCAGUUGCUGCCUUUCGUGGCUUUGGCCUGUGUGGCCCUUUCUCAGGCCGUGGCCCCCUCUCCUGGCCCCGGCGUGUCCCGCGUGUCCAGGCUCUCGACGGACUUUGGUGUGAAGGUUUUCCGGGAGGUGGCGAAGGCCUCCAAGGACGGGAACGUGGCCUUUUCCCCCUACGGCGUCACGUCCGUCGUGGCCAUGCUGCAGAUGGCAGCUGCCGGAGAGACACGGAGCCAGAUCCAGAGAGCCAUGGGAUAUGGCGUGAACGAAUCGGGCGUCCCACGAGCCACACGGUGGCUGCAGAAGACGCUGACGGACCCCCGAAACAAGGACGUGGUGGACACGGCGGAUGCCCUGUUCGUGCAGCGGGACCUGCCACUGGUCCCCGGGUUCAUGCCGCGAUUCCACCGGGUUUUCCGCCAGAUGGUCAAGCAGGUGGACUUCACGGAGAGCGAGCGGGCACGCCACAUCAUCAACGCCUGGGUGGAGCAGCACACCAAGGGCAUGAUCCGGGACUUCUUGGUGGAGGGGGCUCUGGACCAGAUGACCCGCCUGGUGCUGCUGAACGCCAUCCAUUUCAAGGGCCUCUGGGACCUGCCCUUCCCGGCGGCUGCCACUCAUCAGCGCCUCUUCCACAAGCAGGACGGCAGCACCGUCUCUGUCCCCAUGAUGGAGCAGACCAGCAAGUUCAACUACGGGGAAUUCUCCACCCCAGAAGGAGUGGAGUACGACGUCAUUGAGCUGCCCUACCAGGGGGAAACGCUCAGCAUGCUCAUUGCCGCCCCCUUCAAAAUGGACAUGCCCCUCUCUGCCCUGACCGCUCUCAUCGAUGUGCAGCUGCUGGCCGAGUGGAAGCGCAACAUGACGCGGGUGGUGCGGCUCCUGGUCCUGCCCAAGUUCUCCCUGGAGAGUGAAGCCAACCUCCGCCGGCCCCUGGAAAGCUUGGGCAUGAAAGACCUGUUUGAUGCCAGCAGGGCCGAUUUCAGCAGCCUCUCCGACCAAGAGUCGCUCUUUGUGGCUCAGGCACUACAGAAGGUGAAGAUCGACAUUAACGAGAGUGGGACUGAGGCCUCCUCUGCCACAGCUGCCAUUGUCUACGCCCGCAUGGCCCCCUUGGCGGUUGUGAUGGACAGGCCUUUCCUCUUCGUUCUGCAGCACAACCCAACUGGCAGCGUCCUCUUCAUGGGCCAGGUGAUGGAGCCCUGA